GGUAGGAAAAUGUGUGUGUGUGUGUGUGUGUGUGUGUGUGUGUGUGUGUGUGUGUAUCAUCAUCAUCAGGUCGUUGCCGAUUCCUUAAGAUUAAGAAUACGGCCUUCAGUGUUAAUCUGGCGUCACCAAAGCAAGUAAUAGCAUCGGGUCAUACGGCAAACACCUAACUUCUUGAAUCAUUUACCUGGCAGUGUCGCAGCUCCACGACCAUUAUUCUGAAAGACUUCUGUGCCGCACCUCCACUACAUUCAAAGGACCUAGUUUAAGUUACAUGGGUUGUUAAGUUUUUUUUUUUUUUUAACGGCUCUAAUGACAGAUUAUCAUGAUUUCUAUUUUCCAAAGGUCUAGUUGAAGCUACAUUGUUUUUUAAGGGUCUUUUUACGGUUCUAGUGACAGAUUAACAAGACUUCUACAUUUAAAAGGCUCUAAUUGAAGAUAAGUGUUUUUUCUACGGUUCGAGUGACAGAUUAAUUCCACUUUCACACAUUUCGACUUUUUACUGUCCAUGACCCGGCACCGUGUAUGCUACACACGUGUGCCAAGUCUAGAAAGCCUUGCUCACGCGGGGAAACCACCUUUCUCAGUGCACGUACCAUAAGACACCAAGGAAGACUUUAUACCUUCCUCGUGAGACGCAGAGCCUGAGUCCCGGGACUGAUGGUACAGAGAAAGGCAAAGGGAAGGCAUCAGUACAUCCCACAGGAUCAGUCAAUCCCACCAAGCCAUCGCGCUCUCCCACCCGCCUAAUAAGCCUUCCUAGCCUUCACCCUCUGUCUUGCCUGCUUUCAUGGUCUGCCUCCUGAUGCUUCUUGAAGUACUUUUUUUUUUCUUCUUCUUUCUCUCUUCCCUUAGUUAUACUAUGGCUACUUUUCGGAGAACAUUUUCUUUCCCCUGCGAAAGUUUGCAGGGUUACGCUUCAUUAGGACCACCCGCAGCAGAUUUAUGAAAGGGUUGCCUCUCAUUAGCAUAUUCACUGUAAUCAGCAUUCUUUAAUUACAUCACCUUGACAGUAAAGUAGUGAACAUCACAUUUACAACACUGACUGGAGGAAGAAGGUGAGAGGAGCAUGGCAACUUUCAAAAACGCACCUUUCACCUUGCCAGAUCACGCUGGUGCAAGCGCGCACGCACACACACAUACAUUUAACACUGAGCACACAGCAUCCUACGUCUUGCUGCUGGAUUAGAAGGUAAGUAACAGAACAAGUCACCUGUAAGUACCAUCAGUUUGUGGAGCCUACAAGGGUCAGUUGUGAGAGUAGACAUGUAUGUACACCAGACCACAUUGCAGGUAUCAUAACUGAUUGACCAUAAACCCUCUUUGGUUUGAGAGCAUAUAGGACUUGUGAUGAUGUAGCUGUGAGAGAAACGUUUCCAACUGACAUGCUAACAUGCCUGCCUUGCCUGUGCAGACGGUGACCAAGGUGAUCAUCAGCAGUCAGGCUGGCGGGGACAUGAGCAACAUUGGGAACCAGCAGGUGCACCUCAUCACCAGCCAGAGUGGUAAUACUGCAGCCUCCCCUGCCAAGCUGACCUUGCAGCAGGCACAGCAUGUGGGUUUCUUGCCAUCCUCCAAGCCACAGGGCCAAUCUCCAAACAAGAUUGUUGUGCAGCGGGUGAGUAUGGGUGGAGUGUCCCCUGUGAAGAGUCCCAAUAAGUUGGUCCCUGUGUCCUCCAAGUCACCCACCAAAAUUGCCCCAGCCCCUCCUUCCACACAGCAGAUGAACUAUAUUCGACUAGUGAGUCCUGGAGUUGGUGGAGGAGGAGGAGGAGGAGGAGGAGGCAGCGCCACACUCAUACGCCCAACACCUCCCACCAACAAGCCCAUUGCUCCUGCUGCCUCUCAGCCCAUCAAAAUUAAGGCUAUGCCCAUUGCUCCCAAUCAGACCAGGAACAAGCAGCGCGUGAUCAUCCCAGUGUCCGGCUCAGGCUCGUCCAAUGUGUCGGGUGGGAUGCCUCAGACCAACCUGACCCUCCCAGCCUCUGCCCUGCCCCCAGGAGUCCUUUCCAACACCCAGCCAGGUUCAGUGGUUAUGAUCCCAGCUCACUACAUGUCACAGCUUCAGUCAAACACUACAAGCAACAGCACAAUUCAAGCAUCAAACCAGAUUCCUCCAGGAACCAUCAUCCCACACACCACAAAGCCACAGCCUUCUCGCACAAUCAUUGAUGCAAAUGGGAUCAGACCAAGAAAACCUUGCAACUGUACAAAGAGCCAGUGUCUUAAAUUGUAUGUCGUGGUGGAAGAGUUGGUAGCCCUGCACAUGUCCAUCCGAGAAUUACGUCACAGGUGGGCACAAGCCGCAGUCAUUCGCCGGCGCCUCCCUGCAGUCUCAGGUAGCAGCGGCGAUGCGUAGUGCUGUUGCUUUGUACUGAGUGAGCGUGAAAGAACCCUCGUGACGAUAUAUGGUGAUGGACGUGUGGGCCUUUACGUUGUGGAAACAGAAGUUGAGGGGCGGGGAACACUUAAUGGGUGGAUGACCACCAUCAGGGCCGCCAUUCCACCGCAUUCAUGGCCACCCUACCCGCGCUCAUCCAGUCACGUCCCCUUAGUGCAGCGCCCCUCAUCUGUAUGUAUGCUGAAGAGACACGGAAAAAUGAACACUCGUGUCUCUGUGAAAUAUUGUGCGCCAUAAAGUCUCUUGUCCUCAA